UCUAGAAAAAUCUCUCAAACACUCACACACACUCUCUUUUAUUUUUCACCCUUCUUAGUUCUUCCUCGCCUCCUUCAUCCCCAUUUUCUCUCUCUUUUUCUCUCUGCAACUUUCUAUCACAGUCUGACUUUCUCUCUCCUCCCAUCAAUGGCGAAAUACGGUGAAGGAGACAAACGUUGGAUAGUAGAAGACCGUCCAGACGGAACCAACGUCCACAAUUGGCACUGGUCAGAAACUGAUUGUCUAGAAUGGUCCAAAACUCAACUCUCAAAUUCUCUCUCCUCUCUCCCCAUCCUCACUGGUGAAGGAAAUCUCUUCAUCAAACUCACUAAAAUCGACAAAAUCGAAGGCGAAGCAUAUGUCAACAUUCGCAAGGGCAAGAUUAUUCCUGGGUACGAGCUUUCACUUUCGAUUCUCUUCGAAGGCGAAGCAAUUGAUGAAGCUGGAAAUUCUAUCCUUAAAACAGAUGGUAAAGUUGAAAUUCCUUACAUUGCGGAUGAAAAUGCAGAUGAAGAUCCUGAUUUUAGGGUUACAGUUAACGACGAGGGUCCAAUUGGGAAACGGAUAAAAGAGGCGUUUUUAGGGAAAGGGAAAGAAGUUGUUUUGGAGAAGAUUAGGGAGUAUGUGGAGAGUAUGGCUAAAGGUGGGCCAUGUAGGGAUGAGCUUGAGAGUAAGAAGGUUGUGCCGAAACCGGGUUCGAAGAUUGUGGCAUCCAGUGAGGUGAAGAAGGAAGUGAAGAAGGAGGUGAAGAGUAAGGAGAGACAAGGGUUUAAGACGAUUAAGUUGAGUGAGAAGUUUAGUUGUAGGGCAGUUGAUUUGUAUGAGAUUUUGAUGGAUGAGAAUAGGUGGAAAGGUUUUACUCAGAGUAAUGCUAAGAUUAGUAAGGAUGUUGGAGGUGAAUUUAGUAUUUUUGAUGGGUCUGUUACUGGGACGAAUGUCGAAUUGAAGGAAGGGAAGUUGAUUGUUCAGAAAUGGAGGUUUGGGAAUUGGCCUGAUGGAAUCUUCUCUACGGUGAAACUGACUUUUGAAGAGCCAGAAUCAGGAGUCACAGUUGUGAAGUUGGUCCAAACUGAUGUUCCGGAAGAAGACAGGUAUGGGAAUGAAACUGUGGCAGAGAACACGGAGAGAGGCUGGCGAGAUCUUAUCUUCCACAAGAUACGAGCUAUUUUUGGCUUUGGACUGUGACCGCUCAACCAAAAACAUUCCUUUGCUAUUCGAAGUGUAACAACAUCAAUUGAUAUUCCUCUUGUUGUUUAGCCAUGAAUGUUAUUUGUUGAAGUGGCUGGACUUAUUUUAUCUCAUCAUCUGUGGACAGUUAGUGUCUCCAUCUCUGCAAUAUUUUUGGAAGUAAUGGAGGAGUCUAUCUUUGGGUCUUUUGUUGGUUUCAAUUCCAAAGUGUUCUCAUCUGAUCUUGUUGUUUUCUUCUUUUCCUGUGUCGUUUCGACUUUAGGUGUUACUUCCUUUUAUCUUUCUUAUACUUGUGAAACUCUUGAUUUACGGGAUGAAAAUAUUGCUUUCGAUAA